UAUAGCAAACAGUGAAAACCUCAGUUAAAAACCCAAAAACCCUCCCAGGAGAAUGCACAACUGCUACAACGCUCUCUUUUGAACCUGCAGCACUACUCUCCAACUCAUGUCGCAUGCACUUCAUCUCGUUUCCAAAAACAUUCCUGGUUAUGGAACAACAGAAUGUAGAUAUCUCUCCUGUUCUGGUAUUUCUGGAAGAGCAGUGACUCUAUCUCCUUGCUCUUCACAUAGAGACCACAGAAUUUGUUCACAGGUGAAAAUCAGAUCUUUGAAAUGCGGUUCCAAGGGAAUAUCUUUUGUGUGCAGAGCAGGUUCUAGUGGUCACAGGAGAAACCCAGACUUCUCAAGGCAAAGGCAUGGUUUUCGAGGGAGGAAUAGGCAAAAUGAAGACAGAGAGAACUUUGAAAGUAUGGAUGAAUCUGAAAUGUUAUCUUCAAAAAAUGGGCCAUUACUCUCCCUCUCCGGUUCCACAAAAUUCCAAGCCACUGCAGUCCCAGGUCCAAGAGAGAAGGAGAUCGUGGAGCUUUUCAGGAAGGUCCAAGCUCAACUUCGAGAAAGAGCUGUGGCUAAAGAAGAGAAAAAAACUGAAGCCUUGCAGGGAAAAGGUAAAGAGAGUGAAACAGUUGAUUCUCUCCUGAAGCUAUUGAGGAAACACUCAGUUGAACAAGGCAAGAGAAAAAACAGCAUUGGCAGUAGCAGAGACCUAAGUUUGGAUCAGCCAGAAGUGAAUGGAUCUUCCAAUGAAGAUAAAGGCUCCAGCUUCUUUGAUUCAAAUGAUAGAGUGAGGAGUGUGUCCAAAGAACCUUAUGCCCCUACUUUAAGCAGACCAGCAUCACAUUUCCGAAGGAGGUCACCUGUCCCACAAAUGAAAUAUCAGCCAGUUUAUUCCAGUGAGGAGACUGUCAAUUCUGUUGGACAAGUAGAUUCAGAUGGGAAGAGAAAUUUGAGUUCAGCCAAGUCACCUCCUGCUCCUGAUCAAGUGCCUGAAUUGGAGGAGGAUUUAGACUCUGAAACUGAGCCAGAGCUGGAACCUGAGUCAAUUUAUCAAGAUCCUGAUGCAUUGGAUGAGUUGUCAGAGGAUGAAUCUUCUGAUGUUGAUGAGGAGGACAGGGAACAGCAGAUUGGACAUGAGGAUUUGAGUGCAUUGAAGCUACCAGAACUCAGGGCACUUGCAAAGUCUCGUGGUUUGAAGGGAUUCUCCAAGAUGAAGAAGGGCGAUUUGGUGGAGUUGCUUAGUAGUAGCUCGUCUAAUUAGUGAUGGGGGAAAGAUCACCUGCAUUUUGAUAGUUGAGAUGCACUUUUUGGUUUUCAUUAGUACUUCAUGUGUAUGUUUAAAUGUAUUACAUGCCAAGAAAUCCUUCCAAGAGGCUGACAAGUUAUGGAUGUUUAGAUAUAGUUCUGUGAGUUACGCUUGUGCAAUGUUUUGAAAGUCUUUUCGAGAAGUC